GCUUACGAGUUCCAAUUUUCCACAAGCAGCUUUGCCAACUACAGAUUCUAAUUUCGUUUCUCUCUGAUUUUGCAAAGCAAUGGUGGUUGCACAGAAGGUGGAGGAAUCCGAGAUCACAGAGCAGGAUUCUCUUCUGCUCACAAGGAAUCUCUUGCGCAUUGCUAUAUUCAACAUCAGCUACAUCAGAGGUCUUUUCCCUGAGAAGUAUUUCAAUGACAAGUCUGUUCCAGCUUUGGAUAUGAAGAUAAAAAAGCUAAUGCCUAUGGAUGCUGAAUCACGUCGACUCAUUGAUUGGAUGGAGAAAGGCGUGUAUGAUGCUUUACAGAAAAAAUAUCUGAAAACACUCUUGUUCUGUGUCUGUGAGGCAGUGGAUGGUCCAAUGAUCGAGGAAUAUGCGUUUUCAUUCAGUUACUCUAAUUCUGACAGUCAAGAGGUGUCAAUGAAUAUAAAUCGCAGUGGGAAAAAGAAGGGAGGGACAUUCAAGUACAACUCCAAAACAGAGAUAACUCCUAGCCAGAUGAGGAGUUCGGCAUGUAAAAUGGUUCGCACACUAAUUCAGCUAAUGAGAACUCUGGAUAAGAUGCCAGAAGAGCGCACUGUACUGAUGAAGCUCCUGUAUUAUGAUGAUGUCACGCCAAUGGAUUAUGAGCCCCCCUUUUUCAGAGGCUGCACAGGAGAGGAAGCUCAUAAUCCAUGGAAUAAAAAUCCCUUGAAGAUGGAAGUUGGCAAAGUCAAUAGUAAACAUUUAGUACUCGCUCUGAAGGUAAAGAGCGUGCUUGAUCCUUGUGAAGAUGAAAACAAUGACAAUCAAGAUGACGAGGAGAGCUUAGGAGCUGAUUCUCUCCAAAAAGAUCAAUACAGUGAAUCUGACAGUGAGAUCAGCAAUUCAGAUGAUGAUCAAUAUAUUGUAGCACCUGCACAGAAACAGCAAUUUCAAGAAGAUAAUGGAGCAAUUGAUGAAGAUGAUACCCAGGAUCCAGUGGAAGAUGAACUGCAGCUGGAACGGGUAAAGGAUUGGAUCAGCUCAUACCACCUUGACACAGUUGAGCUUACUGAUGUCCUCUCAAUUUUCCCUGACAUCUCAGUGGUCUUGAUUGAAGAAAUUAUGGACAAGCUCGUGAAGGAAGGUUUAAUAUCAAAAGCUGAAGAGGAGAGCUAUGUCAUUAACAAGAAAAAGAAAUUUGACUACGAGUUUGAUGCUGUGAAAGAAGAAGCCGAUGGGCAAGUGGUACCACAUGGAAAAGCUGGGACUGUGAGUGUAGAUCACAUGUACAUGAAGGCUUUAUAUCAUACUCUUCCAAUGAACUACAUAACUGUAACAAAGCUACAUAAUAAACUUGAAGGUGAGGCCACCCAGACUAUGGUGAGGAAGCUUAUCGACAAAAUGACCCAAGAUGGGUUUGUUGAGGCCGGUAGCAACCGUAGACUCGGCAAGCGUGUUAUCCACUCUGAUAUUACUAGGAAAAAGCUGGUCGAAGUCAAGAAGCUCUUAAACAUAGAUGCCAUGGAUUUGGACGUGAAGGAAUCACUGAACAAGUCUAACCAUCCAGAAUCUGAGAUUAUUGCUGGUAACAAGAACAAGGACUUGUCCACGUGCGGUGGCCUGCACUCAAUUGGAUCAGAUAUCACACGGACAAGAGGUCGAUCUGACGCAUAUGUGAGUGACUCUACCAGGACUGACCAGGCUAUUGCCAAGAAAAGAGAACAUGGUGGGAAUACGCCCACUAGCAGGGCCGAGCCAGCAGCUUCAAGAGAAAGUUUUGUGCCUGGGGUUGAUGACGGCAGAGCUAAUGGAAAUACCAACAACGGUGAUGCAAUGGACAUAGUUAUGGAAAGCAGGUCAACCCAAGACAAAUGUUUGAGGAAAACAAGCACGGUCAAAGAGCCCAUCCUGCAAUACACAAAGCGCCAGAAAUCUCAACCCAUAUGAAAGUUAUCAUGUUUGGUCCUACCGACUGAUUUUCUUCCUAGUUCUCCCUUCCCUGAUUGUUUAAUCAGUUUUACACCGUUUUUCUUUAGAAACCAUUUAGCACAAGAAGGAUCCAUAGCAAUUACGACUCUUUAUCCUUCUUUUUGCCCAUUAAUUGCACUUGAAAUUGGCAACAUGCCCCCUUUGACAUGGUACGUACGUGGAGCAUUUCAACUUGCGGCGUUGUCUUGUGGGCUGAUCCAAGAAAUAGUGUCGGCCGUCAGUCAAUUUAGUAUUUGGCUUUGGUCACUUAAAGUAAACGAUAGUACCUCCUCUCUUGACUGAUCUAUCAACGUAAAACGAGCCCUGUUGAGAUAGACUGGUUGAGGUUAAUGAAUCACUUCUAAUUUGCCCGACUUUCCCUAGUCGAAGUCUGUUGGUGCAACUUCCAUAUUUUUCGUUCGUUUUUUUUUCCUUUUUCUUGGUUUCAGAACUAAGCAUUUGGGCAAUCCGGAAAUAAUGGAGACGCGAAAGGCUUAAAUCAUACAUCAGAA